ACGUAACAAGGGGGCUGUUUAGAGUCGGGAAAUUAUCUACGCCAGACGUGAUCUCAGGCGCCUCGAUCGUCUCACCAUCACAAAAGAAACUCACACAUCAAAACCCAACUUUACCAUUCUUUCCGAAUUCAUUUAUCUCAAUAUCAAGAUGUCCACCCGACCCACCAAAACGACCAAACGCGAAGAGGCCAUCCCCAAAGGGGUGACUUACAAUCUAAAAGGAAGAAGCUAUCCAACUUCCGCCACCCGUGGAGUCCAACGUGGGGCAGAUCACACCAGCACCUUUGAUGUAACCCCCAAACAUGAGUCCAUUGCCAAAGGAGAUGGUGUAAGGUUCAAUGUUGAGACAGUCCCCAGUGCCCUAAAGGAGCAUCUUGAAAAGCCCCACAUCUCCCGUCAAGAGCUCAUUGAGAGCCUCAAAAAAUCAAUUCGGCAAUCAGAUGUGAAGAUGGAGGCACUGUCCAACACUGGAGAAGAACGAGGAGAGAAGAAGCUAGUGCAUGCUGGAACGAAUGGAUUGGUCAUGGCCAUGGUGACUGCUUUUGCCCAGCACCUGCCAUUAGAGCUCUCCCCUGACUCUAUCUGGAUUGCAAUCUCGUAUGCCUUUGCCAAGCAUGUGGACAAGAAUUCUGAAGCUCUACGAAAGAAUUUUGUGCAGCAUGAAGGAAAGAAGCGCCUCUUGGUGGUAACUGAUCCCAGCUUUGCCAUGAGCAAAGGAGGAGACCCAGACACAGGAGCUUCCACCAAAGAAUGGGAGACCCAAAUCUUUCCAGCUUUCUCGAGUCAGAUCAAGGACCACAUUGGCAAGACAACUCAUGAAGCAAUCGCAGCCAGCUUCACCACUACCACAGCCUCUGCAAAGGCCUGCCAUGAAAUCACUCUCAUGUCUGCUAUGAAGAACUACUUUAGCUAUGGCAUGAGAACUUGUUGUGGCAUUCCCGAAAUCACAUUGUUGGGAACAGAGGACGACUGGGUUCAGCUGCGUGCACGAGCUGAACAUUUGGGGAGCCUGAUGACACCAGAGUUCUCGGAGUACUGGAUGCCCCUCUUGCUGCCUUUGUUGGAUGAAUUUGUGGAGAGCUACAAGGGCAAUGUAAACCAUGGCUUUUGGCAGUCCAUGGUGAAGCUCCGCUACACAGGAGGUGGGUCUGGAUCCCACAGUUUCAUCUCUGGUUGGAUGCAAAUCCUAUUUCCUUAUCUGGGAUCGGGCUAUCUCGCCGAGAGCCUCAAGCCCUGGCACGAGAUGUACUUUUAUGGCCCGGAGCUUGGCAGCUUCCCGCCUCUCGCUUCAUCCGCCCCGGUGGAUUGGGAAUACCAUGGCGCCACUUUUGACCUUGAAUACUUUUCUGGUGUCAUUGGAUUCGCCCAAGACAACUCUAAUGGUGCCCUUUCUCCUGUGCUGGGAUGGUAUGUUGCUCAUGCUCCUCCAAAGUCCCCAUCCCUUCAGCUGAAGGAAGCCAAGAAAGAGCUCAAUGAUCUCAUGCCGGGUCACAAGGAAGAGGCAUCGGCGGAAAAAGUAGAGAAAGCCCCGUGGUAUCAGCGUGUUUCUUUUCUCAAGAAUAAGAUCCUCAAAUUGGCAUCUGGAAAGCAGGCCGAGACCUAGACCCAGAAUGUCAAUGCGUUUGUCAAAGAGAGGGAAUACCAAGAGAGAAGGCGUGUUUUCAAAGUGCGACGGCUCUGGAGAGUAUGUUGUGGCUGUUAUUUGCCCCUACCGCAUAUGGCCGUCCCGUUCUACUCUGUUCGUGUGGCAAGGCAGGCACAGCCGCCUAUUCCAUUGCCUGCUUAUCCCAUUAUAACUCUUCUAUAAUAAUAUAGUUUUUAAAAUGUGUUCCAUUG